AUAUCUGUCGAGUUUUUUUAUGAUAUUGUUUCUCCAUAUUCCUGGCUGGCAUUUGAAGUGCUGUGUCGCUAUAGAAAUGUUUGGAACAUCGACCUGAAAUUUAAACCAGCAUAUUUAGGGGCAGUCAUGCAUGGCUCAGGCAAUCGGCCUCCUGGAAUCGUCCCAAAUAAGUUCCAUUACAUGUCCAAAGAUCUGGAGCGGGUGUCUGGCUAUUUUGGUGUUCCUCUGUAUCCACCUUCAAAUGUUUUUGAAGCAAUGUUUGAGAAAGGCACUUUGAAUACCAUGCGUUUUGUGACAGCUGUAGCAGAGAAGGAAAAAGAUGGAGAUGUGCUGGUGGAAAGGGUAUCUAGAGAGCUCUGGAAAAGAAUCUGGAGUACUGAUCAGGAUGUUACCCAGCCUGCCUCCCUCAUUGGGGCAGGAUUAAAAGCGGGUCUCUCGGCCAGUGAGUUGGAGGAAAUUCUGACACUCUCCAAAUCUCAGCCAAUCAAAGACAAGCUGAAGAGUGUCACACAAGAAGCACUGGACUAUCAAUGCUUUGGUUUUCCUUCCACUGUGUGUCAUGUGAACGGGAAGGCUGAGCUCUUCUUCGGUUCUGACAGAUUUGAGCUCAUGGCUCAUUGCAUCGGUGAGAAGUGGGUGGGGCCUUACCCUGACAAACCCACAUCCAAAAUGUGAUCACUGCUCUCCUAUACUGCUUAAAUCUUAUAAAUGCUGCACAUUCA